ACGCGAUGGGCGUGACGGGCGCCUGUUUAUAGCAGGAACGUCAUGUCGCGGGUGAGCAGCGCAGUCUCAGCCGCUUCCGAGUCUGUCCCGCCUUUCUCUCCUCGCCCACCAUGCGGCCCUGGUCGGCCUUCCCGCUCGCCCUCCUCGCCCUCGCGCCCCUCGGGUGGUCCGCGCAGGUCCCCAUCCACUCUGCACCCGUGCACACCCAGUCAUCCAACAUCCUCAACGCCCUCUACGCCGACCCGGACUACCUCUCCCUCGUCAAGCUCCUCCAGCGUGCAAAGCUCAUCCCGACACUCAACAGAAUCAAUGGGAGCACUCUGUUUGCACCCACCAACGAUGCCAUCGCGAAACACGCGUUGUGGCAGGCUGCGCUGGACGCCCCUCACGACCUCCGCGACAACGUACAGGAGGAGCUGCGGCAACAGCUGUUCUACCACAUCCUCAACUACACCAUCCCCGCGCUUCCGACGGAGCAGUCAACUCAGACACACAAGACCCUUCUGUAUCCACGUACUCCCACAGAACCUCCAACGCGGGAACCGCCACCCGGGCCACCAUGGAUGCCAAUACCCGGAGGCACACUAGGCGGCGAGUCCCAGCGUCUGCGCGCAGCAUAUCGCGAGGAUACGGUAUGGGUAGGAGUCGAUGCUUUCGGUAAGGGAGGUGCCGAGGUGGUCAAGGAGCUGGUCGAGGCUUCAAAUGGCGUGGUCGUCGGAGUCAACCGUGUCCUGGACAUGCCUCCAGACUUGGAGACUGUCAUAUCUCAACAUCCAUCAUUAUCCUACUUCCAUAAUGUGCUCACACCGGAGAUUCACGACUUCCUGAACAGUACCUCCACGCUGACUCUUUUCUUGCCCGUCGACGCUGCAUGGGAAGCACUACCCCACUACGAGCGACUGUAUCUCCAGAGCAAAUAUGCGACGGAUGACCUAACGCGUAUCGUAAACAUGCAUGCGGUUGCGCGCAAGCAUGUCAAAUAUGCGGACUCCUUCGCGUCGGACCUGAAUCUCACGACUUUGGAUGGGUCGGAGCUGCAGAUAGUGACUUCUGACGACUCCAAGGUCAGAGUCUCUGGCGCUGAGCUCACUGAACCGGAUAUAUAUGCCUCGAACGGGGUCAUCCAUACCGUUUCAUCGCUCCUCGUCCCUGAAGGCGCGCUCCAGCUGACACCGGAGAAGUAUCUGCUCACGCUGAAUUGCUCGUCCUUCGUGUCGAUGCUGCACUCCGUAGACCUCGCGUCUUUGGUCAAUGACACGGAGGCCGAGUGGACCAUCCUCGCCCCAAGCGACGACGUGAUGAACCUCUUUGGGGAUGACGGGUCUAUGCCGAACAAUGGGACAGAGGAGCUCAAGAGGAUGCUCAGGUAUCAUUUCCUGCCGGGGAAGUGGGCUCCGGAUAAACUCAAGGACGGCAUGCUGUUGGAGACCGCGCUCGAAGAAAUCGGCUUAAAUGGGGACAGGCAGGUGCUGUCUGUGGAGGUAAGCGGGAAUGGCGCAAAGGUCGACAACAAAGGCAAGUCUGUCAGGUUUGGGGGAGCUGGGACCAUAGGCGAUCAUGUUGAGAUCAACAACACGUUGAUCUACUUCGUCUCGCGGCCGCUUGUUCCGCCUGCGGACGCGCUGCAGACGGCCCUGCCCGAGCUAGAACUGUCCUCCUUCCUCGCGGCUAUUUUCUCCACGAGUCUGGCCGAGCGGCUGAAGACGACCCCUCGCACGACGCUCCUCAUGCCGCCCAACAGCGCAUUCAAGCGCCUGGGCAUGCUCGUCUCCGCACACCUGCUCGCGGCGUCCUCGCGUUCGGACCUCGAGCGCGUCAUCGAGCACCACGCGCUGCAAGGCGUCGAGUACGGCAGCAAGCUCGUGAAUGGGAGCCAGCGCACCUUCGCCACGCUCGAGGGCUCCGACGUCCACGCGGAGCGCACGCCAAACGGCACGGUCAUCCUGAGCGCCAGCGGCGGCUGGGCGGGCAUGCAGGCUGCCCUCGUCCCGCGCGACAUGCUCACGCACACGGGCGUCAUCCACGAGGUGUCGGAUAUCAUGAUUCCGAGGAGUGUGCAGCUGACGAUCGGGAAGCUCGUAAAGGCAGCGAAGGGCACAACUAUGGCGACGAUGAUGACGAAGGCCGGGGUGGACUGGGUGCUGAAUGGGACGGCACCCCCCACGGGCUCGCCUUGGGCUGAGCAAGGUCUCACUGGGUCCGGUUGGACGCUUUUGUGUCCGACUGACGACGCGUUCAAGCAGGUGAACCUCACUGCGCUGUAUGCAGACGAGGACCGCCUCCGCGCCAUCGUCAGCCAGCACCUCAUCCCAUCCCCGGAGUCGUCCUCGAAGGCCCCCGACUUGCAGGACGUCCUCAACAACAACCGCCCGCUCGGGAUGGACGACAGCGCGUCUUACUCCACGCUCCAUACGCUCUCGGAAGACACGCUGUACGGCGACAUCGUCUUCCGUAUGCUAGAGGGCGAUGAGACCGGUACCAUCGUUGGCGUGGACGGCGCGCACGGGGACAAGGGGAAGCGCGACUGGGCACGCGUCCUCUCUUGGGGCCGAGCGACGGCGGGCGGAGGCACCGGGGGAGUCGUACAGAUCGACCGGCUACUUGUGCCGUACUACCCACCAUGGUACAUCCAAUACGGCGCGCCCGGCGUAGUAGGCGUGCUCGGCGUGGCGCUCAUCGGGGCGUUCUUCUACGGCGUAAGGAUGAUCUGGCGGAGAGACACGACAGAGGCGACGUAUGAGCCGAUAGGCGGGUUCGUCCAGGACGACGGGGAGGAGGCAUGACGAACUUGUAUGAGAGUGAUGAUCGUAGGGCUAUU